GCUCGUCAUCAUUUAGCAUAUCAGUGUGUUUAUUUGAUGAACUGCGCUACACAAAGUGGUUUUCUGUAAAUCGCAAGUUGCGUAGUAGUCGAGGUUAUCCUAGUUGAUAUCCGUUUGUCCAAGUAAUUGGGUGUUCGUCUGUCAAACUGUUCACUUGGUAACCAGACAAUUUACUGAAGUAAACCAAUAAUUCCUCAGUUUGCAAAUUGUUUACAGGAAAUGGAUGUUUCUGUAUAUGUAACUCACCGCAGUAACAGCUGGUGAUACACUUAAAUGACACUGCGGUUGACAUGCUGGAUACCAAAGUUUUGCGGAACCACCAGAUACAUCUCUUCUUCCCCGGUUCUGUUCAAACAACCAAACCGUGAUAAACUACGGUCUAAAAGGGCCAACCCACCACCACACCACUCACUACCUUUUUAUGAUGAAGCACCGGCCGAUAGCUUUCCGAGUAAACAAGUAGAUAUAGUUGGUCGAUGGGGAUCUACAGACAAUAAAAUAAAAAAAUUAAGGUAUUGUCAUGGUGAACUAUUAAAAAGCAUACCCACAUCAUUCGAAAAACUCCAGGAGUUGUAUUAUCUUGAAGAUAACAUGUGGUUCCAUUCCAUUGAUAUUCCUCUGCAACAUCCUGAAAUGUUAGAAUUUUCUCAAUUUGUUACACGUACAAAAAUCAUACCAUGGACCACGGAAUCACAUAAAAGCAAUCCCAUCUUAACGAAUUAUUUAAAGUAUCUUUUUUCUGAAGAGUUGAAGUCUGUUAACAGUAAACCUGUUAAUAUCCAUGACCAAAGUAUCAAUGGACUUAAUUCACGCGCAGAUCAUCGACGUAAAAAAAUAUCAAUGAUUAUGGAAACAGUAUAUCGUGCAUUUUUAUCUUCAGGAACCGAAUCAUUAGUUAAUGAAUUAUCUUCACAAAUUGAUGAACGUGCUACCAUAGAAAUAUUUUUAAAGAGACUAGUCGAUCAUGAUGUAUUCAAAAAUUUCGAGGAAGUAAAUGAAGAUAUUUAUGAACCAGUGAAUGAAACAGUUGUUGACGCUGAACGUUGUGUACAUUAUCGUAUACGGUCUGAGUUAGCUUGGCAGCUGCGAGGACCAUUUCCUUUAAAGCCUCGUUUUGAUUUAGACGAUCAAAUUUGCUUUCUAGACAACCCUAUUGUGUGUAAUUAUCGCCCAGAAGCAUUUGAUUUGCAAUUGGUUGAAUGUUAUAAUUUCAAUUGUUUACCGUUCGCACGAACAAUCGAUUUUUCUGAAUUUGCUCGAUCUAUUGCAGGCUAUUGGUCUCGUACACCAUUUUGGGAAGGAGAUCCUUGUGAAUUCGGUUUACUUGGAAUUUUCGAUGUAAAUCGUUCGGAAUGUGUACGAAAUGAAGUCAUUUGUUCUGGUCUUCCAGAUGAUGUAAAAGAUAAUGUUUUAAUACGACAUGGAAUUGCUGAAGGUAUCCUUACUGCAUUUGCAUGGGCUUCAGCACAAGCUUAUAAUCAAGGUUUUACUUUAUAUAACGAAUUAACUUAUCCGUUUUGCGUUCAAUUGAUUCUAAUGGAUGGAAACUAUAUUCAGUUGUUACGCUUUCAAUUGAAUUCAAUAACGUCGUUAUGGAAAGCAGAAGAUUCGAUGUUACCAUAUAAUUUAGCUUGGUAUUCUCCACGGGUAGAAUUGUGUAAAUUACAAUCAAAUUCAGAAUGUAAUGAAGCAUUCACUUUAAAUGAUGAAGCUAUUUCGCUUUUAACAUCUGCUAUGUUAUAUCCUGUGGACAAAAUUACUCCCAGUGAGUCGCUUCGUCCUUAUCUUGCUGAUGGUGUAGCACCAAGAAGCUAUCUUAUCAAUAAAUCUUCAGAUAAACGUUUAAUUCCAUCUUCUAAGGAAGACAAGAAUUAUUGUGAGGCAUUCGGUGAUGUAGACAAAUUGCAACUUAGUGCAUCAGAAAAGAAAGCUUUACAAUCUAGUUCUGAAUUAACUAAAUCGAAGAAAUCGUUGCGUUUGAUGACCUCAAAACGUCCACAUCCAAAUGAAAUAUUCUUCUUCAAAUUAACAGACAAAAAUACUCUCGUAAAAGAAAUCAAAGAAACAAUGCCAGAAUUCGGUGGACAGUUUGGAGAGCUUCCAGAACCUUAUAAUAGUAAAGUAAAGGAAUAUCAUGCGUCCAGACGUUAUUUGCAACCACGAUCGCGUGUUCAACCUCCUCCACGUCGUUGGCGUUAACAGAAUUCACUCGAUUCACUUCAGUGAUUUCAUGUAAUCGUUUCUUUGAAGUUGUUGUAAAUCAAACUGCAACUGUAUAGAAAUAUAAAUUUUUCUUUUUGCAUUUUGACGUAAUUUUGUACUUAGUGUAAUAAUUAGAAAUACAUUUUAUUGAUUGUCA